UUGAAGCUGGUGCCGCCCAGUGCUUGCACUCCUGAGCUCGAAGAGAAGGUCGUGGAACUACACAAGACUCACAGAGGACAAACGCCAGCGGAAGCGGAGCUGAACUAUUUGGAGAACGCCAAGAAACUGGCGAUGUACGGCGUGGACCUGCAUCCCGCCAAGGACUCGGAGAACGUCGACAUUACGCUCGGUGUCUGCUCCUCUGGACUGAUGGUGCACCGGGAGAAGCUCCGUAUCAACCGCUUCGCGUGGCCAAAGAUCCUCAAAAUCAGCUACAAACGGCACAACUUCUACGUGAAGUUGCGGCCAGGGGAAUUCGAGCAGUUCGAGUCCACGGUCUGCUUCAAGCUGGCCAACCACCGCGCCGCCAAGAAACUCUGGAAGACUUGCGUCGAACACCACACGUUCUUUAGGCUGACGAAGCCGGAGCCCGCGAGUCGCGGCACGCUGUUCCCGCGGCUGGGCUCGCGCUUCCGCUACAGCGGGCGCACGCAGCACGAGACGCGCACGCAGCACCCGCAGCGCGCGCCGCCGCACUUCGCGCGCACGCUCUCCGCGCGCAAGCUCUCCUCGCGCAGCAUGGACGCAUUGGCGGCCAGUGACAAAGAUGAUUCGAUGCCACCGGAUGCCACCAAGCGCCACACCAUGCCACCGCAGCCGGCGCCCAGGCCUACCAUCAAGGACAAGAAACCUCCACCAGGAGCAGUUAAAGUGAUGCCAACUGCGCCACCGGAUAAAAAAGAAGAAAAGAUAGUAACAGAAAGGAAGCCAGCUGAAAAUGGCACAGACACAACCAGCGAUCCGGGUAUCACAAACAACGUGGAAACUCCUAAGAGGUCAAAGGCGGGAGGCUUCGGACUUUUUGGUAGUAAAAAAGAAAAAUCCCCGAAAGAUGAAAAGUCCCCGAAAGACAAAUCGCCAAAAUCUAGAGAUAAAUCGCCAAAAUCUAAAGAUAAAUCGCCUAAAGAAAAAGACAAGAAACUGAAAGACUCCAAAACAAAAGUCGCCGUACUCGAUACGUCUAAUGAAAGCUCAAAUCUUGAUAGUUCAGUUGAAAAAAGCCCAAGUAAAGGUGAUGGGAAACCAAGCUUUACUAAACCUUACGAAUAUACUGAUACUGAGAAAAGUCCAACUCGCACUAAACCUUUUAUUCAAGGUGCAUUUAGCUAUGAAAAAGAGCCUAUUUCCGAUGAAAAGCAAAGAAAUCUUGAUGACAGUCAAAGCCCCACAACAAGAAAGGCUGGAUUGGCAUUUAAUUAUGCCCCAGGAGAAGAUAAGAAGGUGGCUGAAAGUGCUGAAAAACGCAAAACCCCUGAAGAUCCUAACAAACUUAAAACACCUGGUAUUGAUUAUGUACAAUCAGCUGCUUUAAAAGAACAAGCCAAAGGACCCAAGCAUCUUAUUGAUCCAACUUUGGCCUUGUUAGACUCCGAGAGAGCUCAUCAUGAAGUCCCCGUUACUGCGGUAUUACCGAUUACUAAAAAAGACAACGAAAUACAAGUAGUCAUUAUAACGGGUCGAUAUAAUCCAAAAACAAAGAAACUUGAUGAUGCUAAUGGCACUAUUCUUGUAACUAAGGGGACUCUGAACAAAUCCAAUGGAAAGAUACAGACGGAAACAGAGUUAAUAAACACAAAGUCAGGCCAAAUAAAUUAUACUGAUCCAGCAACCGGUAAACAAGAGGUGAAGAAUGGUCAUGUUGAUUCGAAAUCUGGUCAUAUUCUAUUUACAUCUGGUGUCAUUGACCCUAAAACGGGAAAAAUUGACCCCAUUUUGGCACAACAAUACUGUUUUGUUGAAAGAUCUGAAGAUAAAGUAGGUGCCAAGCCUGGUAGAGAGGUAGAUUUAGUUGUUAUAACCAGUAAAUAUGACGGGAAACACAAAAAACUUGAUCCAUUACAUGGACAUGUGGAUGUUUCCAAAGCUAUUGUCGCAUCUGAUGGCAUUGUUCAUUCAAAUUAUGGGACCAUUGAUCCUAGGUCCGGUAAGAUCGAAUAUGUCGACCCAAAAACAGGCAAACAAGAUCCAAAACAAGCAUAUGUUGACCAAAAGACUGGAAAUCUUCUUGUGACAACCGGUAUCAUAGACCCGAAAUCAGGCAAGGUGGAUUCAUCACUUGGACAACAGUUCAGUGUAGUUGAAAAGGACGCCACAAAAGCUAACAGAGAAGUGAGGUUGGUUGUCAUAACAAGCAAAUAUGAUAUCAAAAACAAAAAGCUAGACCCAACAUUUGCUCACGUUGAUUCCAUUAAAGGAGUAUUGAGUGGAACUGAUGGCAAAAUUUAUUCAGAAUAUGGUAUUAUCGAUCCUAGAACUGGAGAUAUCCAAGUAACUAAUACAGAGACAGGCAAGCAAGAGAUUAAACAUGCUCAAGUUGAUCCGAAAACCGGUAACAUUCUUCUGCUCUCAGGAGUGAUUGAUCCUCGAACCGGACAACUUGAUACUACACUAGGACAACAGUAUAGUGUCGUCGACAAGCCUAUAUCUACAUUCGCUUCGGUUUCAGGAAAGGACGUUCAAGUUGUAGCAAUAACCAGCAAAUAUGACUCAAAACACAAGAAAUUAGAUAAUCCCAAUGGAUUUGUUGAAAUCUCUCAAGCCAUCAUAAGCGAUAAAGACAGUAAAGUACAUUCUAAUUUUGGUAUUUUAGAUCCGAACACUGGAAAAAUUCAUUUUACAGAUCUAAAAACUGGUAAACGUGAUUCAAAACAAGCUAGUAUAGACCAAAAAACGGGCAGCUUUGUUAUUACUUCUGGAGUUAUUGACCCCAAAACCGGUAAAGUAGAUUCUUCACUUGCUCAACAGUUAAGUGUUAUCGAUAAAGAUGCUCCGAAGGGAAUUCCUGAGAGACGAGUAAAUUUGGUUGUAGUGACGGCCAAGUAUGAUCCUAAAAUGAAAAAACUGGACCUUUCCACUUCUCAUGUAAAUACUUAUCCUGGUACAGUGGACACUGACGAUAAAGUACACACGAAAUUUGGUAUAAUUGAACCAAGCAUUGGCCAAAUUACUGUUACUGAUCCCGUAACUGGCAAACAAGAAACAAAGAAAGCGACAGUCGACACGAAAACUGGUAAUUUAUUGCUCACAUCAGGUGUUGUUGAUCCACGGACCGGGCAAGUGGAUGGCUCCUUAGGUCAGCAACUUAGCAUUGUCAAUAUGCCUAAAGACACGUUUGCAGGCGUACCGGGUAAAGAAGUGCAGUUAGUAAUUAUUACAAGUAAAUAUGAUUCUAAGAACAAAAUAUUGGAUAAUCCUAAUGGUCAUAUUGAUACUUCAAGGGCAAUUAUUUCUUCGGACGGAAGAAUCCAUUCAAAUUUCGGUAUUCUUGAUCCAAAAACAGGCAAAGUGGAACAUACGGAUUCUGUAACAGGAAGACAAGAGAUAAAACAAACUACAGCAGACCCAAAAACUGGCCACUUCAUUCUUGCGACCGGUAUUGUGGAUCCGAAGAGUGGUAAGACAGAUUCAUCUCUUGCUCAGCAAUGGUGUAUUGUAGAUAAAGAUUCAGGUAAAAGUACGCCCGAAAGACAUAUAAACUUGGUCAUAAUUACGGCUAAGUAUGACCUUAAGAAUAAAAAAUUAGACCUAUCGAACGCUCAUGUUGACUCUGUUCCUGGAAUUAUUAAAGAUGACGAGAAAGUUUAUACAGAAAAAGGUAUCAUAGAUCAAGGUACAGGUCAAAUCACUAUUGUAGAUCCCGCCACAGGAAAACAUGAGGUUAAGAAAGCAUCCUUGGAUUCUAGAACCGGCAAUUUGUUGUUGACUUCUGGCGUUAUCAAUCCUCACACAGGUAAACUCGACUCUGAUUUAGCCCAGCAAUUGACUAUUGUUAGUAAAGACGUCAAUAAAGUUCCUGCAAUAUCUGGCAGAAACGUGCAACUUGUAGUUAUUACUAGUAAAUACGAUCCAAAAACUAAAAAAAUAGAUAAUCCUAAUGGACACGUGCAAACUUUAUCUGCUGUCAUUUCAAACGAUGGAAAAGUUUAUUGUAACAAUGCUGUUUUGGAUCCAAAAACAGGCAAAAUUGAACAAACUGAUCCAAAGACUGGUAAACAAGAAAUAAACCAGGCCAUUCUUGAUUCUAAUACGGGACAUUUUACUCUUGCUUCUGGUGUCAUUGAUCCCAAAACUGGAAAAAUAGAUUCUUCGCUUGGGCAGCAAUGGUGUGUAAUUGAUAAGGAGUCUCCGAAAGAAGCUCCAGCUCGAUAUGUUAACUUGGUAAUAAUUACAUCUAAAUAUGAUCUAAAGAAUAAGAAACUAGAUCUUGCUAAUCCACAUGUUGAGACAAUUCCUGGAUUUGUUGGGGCUGAUGAUAAAGUUUAUACAGAUAUUGGCGUUAUUGAUCCGACCACAGGACAAGUCACUUUUAUUGAUACUAUAACACGAAAACAGGACGUUAAAAAAGCUUCAGUAGACCCAAAAACUGGAAACUUGUUGAUUUCGUCAGGCGUAGCAGAUCCACAAACAGGACAUGUUGAUCCAACUUUAGCACAACAAUUAAGUGUUGUUGAAAAACCAAAAGACACAUUUGCUGCAGUUCCCGGCAAAGAGGUGCAGCUUGUAGUGAUUACAAACAAAUACGAUCCGAAAACCAAAAGGUUAGACAAUCCUAAUGGUCAUAUAGAAACAUCACGAGGAAUAAUUGCAGCCGACGGAAGAAUUCAUUCUAAUCAUGGCAUUGUAGAUCCAAAAACUGGUAAAAUUGAGCAAGUUGAUCAUAAAACUGGCAAAACAGAGAUUAAACAAGCUAUUACAGAUCCUAAAACUGGACAUUUAAUUAUUACAUCUGGUGUUGUUGAUCCAAAGACUGGAAAGGUGGAUUCAACUCUUGCUCAACACUUAAGUAUUGUAGACAAAGAUAGUAAACCCUUACAAAGAGAAAUUCAUUUAAUCAUUAUCACUACAAAAUAUGAUCCAAGAACAAAGAAAAUCGAUCCAAAUCAAGGAAUUGUGGAUACUGUAACUGGAACAGUUUCAUCUGACGGUAAAAUAAUUACGGAAUUUGGUGCAGUAGAUCCUUCGACUGGUGAAAUUACAAUAACUAAUCCUGUAACAGGUAAAAAAGAAGUUAAAAAAUCUAUUAUUGAUCCGUCGUCGGGACAUAUGCUGGUAACUAGCCAAGUCGUUGAUCCCAAGACAGGUAAGGUUGAUCCAACAUUGGUUCAACAGUUCACUAUUGUCAGUAAAAAAGUCGUCCCACAUGCUAAACCGCCAUCGAAAGGUGAAAUUCGUCUUGUUAUUAUUACGGGAAAAUACGAUCCGCGAACAAAAUCUGUGGAUGCUGGUUCUGGAACGGUAGAUGCUUCCAAAGGCUUCGUUAGCGUUGAAGAUGGUAAAAUUCAUACCGAUUUCGGCAUUAUUGAUCCAAAAUCAGGACAGAUACUUUAUAAAGAUCCUGUCACGGGUAAACAAGAAUUGAAACAAGCAGAAAUAGACCCUCAAACUGGCAACUUCAUAGUGACCACUUCUGUAGUAGAUCCGAGUACUGGUAAAGUGGAACCUUCUUAUGCUCAACAGCUAACGAUUGUUGACAAACUAAAUGUUUUGCCUAAAGCUGCACCCGUAGCGCAAAGAACUAGUAUCUCCCCAGCUAGACAAGUGCCGUCUCCAAUAAAGACUCCUACUCAGACAUCUGUGCACACGCCAUUAAGUUCACCAGUAAAAACUUCCUCACCCAUAAUUAGUAGUCAAGCUCAAAAAGCUUCGACUAUUACGUCAGUUGCACCGGUUCAGAAAUCAUCACCAGUUAAACCUACGUCUGCACCACCAGCACCGCCUAAAAGAAAGAUUGUAAAAAUUAUGGUUAUUUUCACUAAAGUUGAUCCUAAGACCAAGAAACCAGAUUUAAGUACAGCAGACGUUGAACAUAUAACUGGUAUACUCGAUCUGAAUGGGCAGAUUGAAACGAAGUAUGGUGUCUUAGAUUCAAAUAAAGGUAACUUAGUUGUAAGUGAUACAAACGGCCAGAGAAAAACAAAAGACGGUGUUGUAUUCCCUGAAACGGGUCAAAUAUUUAUACCAUCUGGUGCAAUUGAUCCAAAGACCGGUAAAGCUGAUCCAAAUUUAGGUAUGAUUUUGAGCGUCGCAAAACAGGAUGAUCCUCUAGUAGAAAUUACAACUAUAACAGGCCCGAUUGACCCUAGAACGAGUAAAGUUGAUAUCGAGAAUGGUUUUGUAGAGUAUACUAAAGGAAAGGUUGAUGCAGAGACCGGACACAUUUCAACUAAAUAUGGUGUAAUUGAUCCUUCAAAUGGAGUCAUCUUUGUUACUGAUACCUCAGGAGCCCAGGAUACUAAACCUGUGGAUAUUGAUGAAAAUAAUGGCCAAAUUACUAUUACAGGUGCUAUCGAUCCCAAAACUGGAAAGCUUGAUCCAAAACUUGGUCAAGUAUUAGUUGUUGGUACUCACAUUGACCCAAUUGUUGAAGUGACUACAUUCGUUGGAAAAGUUGAUUCUAAGAAAGGUAUCAUCGAACCUAAGCAUUCUGCCAUUGAAAGUUCUACAGGACAAUUUAAUCCAGAUAAUAAUAAGAUUGACACCAAAUAUGGUCAGAUCGAUUUAGUUAAAGGCACUGUAACCUACAAUGAUCCCAAGACGGGUAAAUUCGAAAGUAAAGAAUUAAACGUGGACCCAGUUACUGGGCAAUUUCUGCUUAGAAGUGGACAGAUUAAUCCCAAAUCUGGUAAACCAGACAAAGACAUCGGCCGGUUAAUUUGCUUAAGAAUUAUUAGGAAUAAAGUUGACCCGGUUUCUGGCAAGCAAAUUGUUUCCAAUGAUCCACGAAACGUCAAAGUUGACCCGAAAACUAAUCAAAUUUGGAUUGCCGGACCGAAAGAUCCACAAACUGGAGACGUUAUUUAUACUGCUGGUCAAAUUGAUCCCGUUACUGGCUAUAUCAUUACGAUUUACGGACGUCUUGAUCCGAAAACAGGAACGAUUAUUAGAACAACGGAAAUUGACAAAUCACUUAUUAAGGUUGAUCCAAUUAAUGGGCAAAUUUACACAGCUACAGGUGAAGUCGACGAAGAUAAUCAACCAAUAUAUUCAGCCUCCCAAGUGGAUCCAGGAUCUGGAGAAAUUUAUACCAAGUUGGGUAAGAUUGAUGCUCGAACUGGUAGAUUAAUAAUAAUUAAAAUUUAUGUCAUUACACAAAAGGAUGAAAAGGGCCGUGUAAAGGAAGUUGAUCCUCGAGAAUGUACAAUAGAUGAAAAAACCGGCAGAAUAAUAACAACAAAAACAGUUUACCUGUACCAAAUCAUUGAUCCUAUAACUGGGGAAACUAUUGAUGUAGACCCAGACGACCCGAGACUCAAAGGUGCGCGAACAACUGUAACACAAACUAUGACGUUAUCGGGUAAAAUAGAUCCAAUAACGGGCAGGAUAAAGACGGAGUACGGUGACAUUGAUCCAGAUACUGGCGAUAUAGACCCCAGUACAGCUGUCCGAGAUCCAGUUACUGGACAGUUGAUAUUACAUUAUUCACAAAUCGACCCAUCUCACUUCGAAGAUAAGAGUGGAAAUUACACAAUAGAGAAGGAAACGCAGGACCUUCCGGCGAAUAUUGACAUCGAGACAGUGAACACGCACAAAUUCUCCACAUUCGGCAAGGACGAGAGCCCUGCACGAGGUGACGAACCUAAAACUUUCACAGAGUACACUACUAGUGAGCACAUUAGGCACCAGGGCUACGUGUCAUCCAGUACCCCCCUUUCCUCAAAAAUCCCAGUUUCACAGCGAACAAAGAAAACUCCAACUCCACCUGUGGUCGUGAAGACGACGACAAAGCAACUACUUACUAAGAACGAAGAGGGAGUGACUCAUAACGUCGAGCAAGAGGUUGAAAACCUGGGCACUGGUGAAGUGACGUUCUCCACUCACACCAACAAGGCGGAAAGCCUAGAGCCGAUGGAGGGAAAGAGUCCGUACGUAACUGCGCGCGCGGUGACCACUCGGACGGCCACAACUCACCACGAUCUCGAUACGAAAGCGAAAACGCAACAGAUGGAAGAAAAAACCGUCGCACACACUCUCACUUCCUCUGCCACGAGGCAGGAGCAGCGUGUGUUGACACAGGAAGUCAAAACCAUGGUUACUACUGGCGAUCAGCUGACUAGACGCGGCUCAGAAAGUUCGCUGAGCAGUGGUGACUCGGGCACGCCGAUCGACUUCGAGGAAGGAGGGGAAGGUGUCUACUACGUCACCGAACCCGGUACAUAUCGAACCACUACCACGAGCACGGUUAUGGGAAAUGCGCCAUUCGGCAGCAUGGUCCACGGAUCCACCACCAGGAGCAGCACGGGUCCCCAAAUAACGGAAACGAAAGAGGAAGGUUCGGGCGAGUGUACAGUGGAGGGUGGUGAGGGUGAAGUCGUCUCCUCGCAGACCAUCAGCUCCAAGACGCGCACCGUCGAGACCAUCACUUACAAGACGGAGCGUAAUGGCGUAGUGGAGACUCGCGUGGAACAGAAGAUCACAAUCCAGUCCGACGGGGACCCCAUCGACCACGACCGAGCACUAGCGGAGGCCAUACAGGAAGCCACAGCGAUGAACCCCGACAUGACGGUAGAAAAGAUCGAGAUCCAACAGCAGAGCACGCAGCCCUAA